AUGCGCACAAUCCUGUUGUCGUCCGCCGCCGCUGUCGCCUUGUCCGCCAGCCUUGCGGCCCACGCCCAUGCCGACGCCUUCAACCGUGUCGCUUCCUUUCCGGUCAACACGAACAUUCCCGACGCGAUGGGGCAGGAGAGCGAAAGCUCCGCCGAGAUCAUCGACGCGACCGGGGACGGCAUGAUGCUGGUCUAUUCGGACAGCCCGCUGGGCGGCAUCGGCAUGAUCGACAUUUCCGACCCUGCCAACCCGGCCGCCGCCGGCUUUGUCGCGCUCGACGGGGAGCCGACCGCCGUCGCCGUGCGGGCCGGCCACGCCAUUGUCGGGCUGAACACGUCGGAAAGCUACACCGAGCCGUCGGGCACGAUCGUUUCGGUCGAUCUUUCUUCGGGCGAAGUCGCCCAUAGCUGCGAUCUGGGCGGCCAACCCGAUUCGGUCGGCAUCUCGCCCGACGGUUCGCUGGUGGCGAUCGCCAUCGAGAACGAGCGCGACGAGGAUCUCAAUGACGGCGUCAUUCCGCAGAUGCCGGCCGGCUUUGCCGUGACCUUCGCGCUCGAUGGCGGUGCGAUCGAUUGCGACAGCCGGGUCGUUGCCGACCUGACCGGCCUGGCCGAGGUGGCGGGCGAUGAUCCGGAGCCCGAGUUCGUCGACAUCAACACGGCCAAUGAAGUCGUCGUCACGCUGCAGGAAAACAACCAUAUCGCCAUCUUCAACGGCGAGACCGGAGAGAUCGUCUCGCACUUUUCCGCGGGCGCCGUCGAUCUCGAAAAUGUCGAUGUGGACGAAGAGCGCGCGCUGACCUUCGACGGCACGCUCCAAGGCGUCGUCCGCGAGCCCGAUGCGGUGAAAUGGCUGGACGAGAACCGGAUCGUCACGGCGAACGAGGGCGAUUAUGAAGGCGGAUCGCGCGGCUUCACCAUCUUCUCCAAGGACGGCGACGCGCUCUACGAAAGCGGCCUUUCGUUUGAAUAUGAAGUGGCGAUGAUCGGCCACUAUCCCGAGCGUCGCUCCGGCAACAAGGGUGUCGAGCCCGAGGGCAUGGAGGUCGCCGAGAUCGGUGGCGCGACCCACAUCUUCCUCCUCAGCGAACGCGGCUCGGUGAUCGGCGUCUACCGGGACAAUCCGGAGGGCGAGCCGGAACUGGUGCAGAUCCUGCCGACGGCGCUGGGCCCGGAAGGCGCGGUGGCCAUCCCCGGACGCAAUCUCGUGGCGGUGGCCAAUGAAGUGGACCUGAUCGAGGAUGGCGGCGUGCGCAGCCAUGUCACGAUCUACGAGCUGGGCGAGGGUGAAGCGCAAUAUCCGACGAUCCGCUCGAUGAUGGACGAUGCGGGCCGCCCGGUCGGCUUUGGCGCCCUGUCGGGACUGGCCGCCGAUCCCGAGCAGCCGGGCAUUCUGUACGCUGUCAACGACUCGUUCUACGCGAUGCAGCCGACGAUCUUCACGAUCGACGCCAACCAGACGCCGGCCCGGAUCAUUGCGGCAACGCGCGUGAGGCGCGGCGGCGCCAAUGCCCAGCUUCUCGAUCUGGAAGGCAUCACACCGGACGGAGAGGGCGGGUUCUGGCUGGCCUCGGAAGGCCGCACCGACCGGAUGAUCCCGCACGGGCUCUACCAUGUGAAUGCCGAUGGCGAGAUCGAGGAAAGCGUCGCUUUCCCGCCCGAACUGCUGGCGGUCGAAAAGCGGUUCGGCGCCGAAGGCGUGACCAGGGUCGGCGAUACGCUGUGGGUCGCCAUCCAGCGCGAAUGGGCCGAUGACGAGGACGGUUUCGUCAAGCUGGUCGCCUACAACACCGGAACCGAAGAAUGGGGCGCGGUGCGCUAUCCGCUCGAGCAAAAGGGCGCCGGCUGGGUCGGCCUGUCGGAGAUCGUCGCCCAUGGCGACCAUGUCUACAUCAUCGAGCGCGACAACCAGAUCGGCGCUGCGGCCGCGCUGAAGAAGAUUUUCCGCGUGCCGCUGGCCGAGAUGCAGCCGGCCGCACUUGGCGGUGAGCUUCCGGUCGUCAGCAAGGAAGAGGUGCGCGACCUUCUGCCCGAUAUGGCGGCCUUCGGCGGCUAUGCGCUCGACAAGGUCGAGGGGCUCGCGGUGGACACCAAUGGCGACUUCUUCGCGGUCACCGACAAUGACGGCGUGGACGACUCAAACGGCGAGACGCUGUUCAUGCGCCUCGGCCAGCUCGAAGGCUCCUGA